CUUAUUUCUUUUAGUGGCAGUGAUGCUACCACAUAUGACUUCUUUCCCUUGAAGAAUUGUUACAGAAAAGCAAUGGAGCCUAUAUCCGUCCCAAUGGUUUCUUUCUCAGAACCCAAUGAAGUGAACACUAACCUCACCUCUUGCAGAAACAUUACUGACAAUGGGACUGUGGUUGAAUCUUCAAUAUCAGGAAUGAGUUCUAUCCUAAUCCCCUUUAUUUACCUGUUGGUAUGUGCCAUUGGACUUAGCGGCAACACAUUGGUCAUCUACGUGGUCCUCCGUUAUGCUAAAAUGAAGACUGUAACCAACAUUUACAUCCUGAAUCUGGCUGUGGCUGAUGUACUUUUUAUGUUGGGGCUGCCUUUUCUUGCUACCCAAAAUGCUAUCUCCUAUUGGCCAUUUGGAACAUUUCUUUGCAGACUAGUGAUGACAGUGGAUGGCAUCAACCAAUUCACCAGCAUAUUUUGCCUUACUGUGAUGAGUAUUGACCGCUACUUGGCAGUGGUCCAUCCUAUCAAAUCAACAAAGUGGAGGAGACCUAGGGUGGCAAAACUUAUUAGUGCCACAGUUUGGACUUUUUCAUUCCUAGUUGUCCUCCCAGUCAUCAUCUUCUCAGAUGUCCAGCAAGAUUUACUCACCUGCAACAUAAAUUGGCCAGAACCUAUAUAUACCUGGUCUACGGCGUUUAUAAUCUACACUUCUGUGUUGGGUUUCUUUGGACCUCUGCUGGUGAUAUGCCUCUGUUACCUUUUAAUUGUCAUUAAGGUAAAGUCAUCAGGUCUCCGAGUUGGAUCCACAAGGCGUCGAAGAUCAGAACGCAAAGUCACAAGAAUGGUUGUCAUUAUAGUAGCGGUUUUUGUAUUCUGCUGGCUUCCGUUCUACAUACUUAACAUUGUAAAUUUAACAUUUAUUGUGCCCGAGGAGCCAGCCUUUGUUGGAAUUUAUUUUUUUGUGGUUAUCCUAUCUUACGCCAACAGUUGCGCCAACCCCAUCCUUUAUGGUUUCCUCUCAGACAAUUUCAAGCAGAGCUUCCAGAAGGUUCUCUGCCUUCGCAAGAGUAACGGCAUCAAAGACGCUGACCUCACAGAGAAUAGGCAAGAAAAAAGCAGUCGAGUUCAAGAGACAAUGUUGCCUUCUCGAAAUUCUGAGAUAAAUGGGCACAUGCAAACAAGCAAAGUCUAAAACUCAACCUUCUAGAUUCAGAAAUAUGGAAAUGUAUAUAGAGUACUUGAGGCAAAAGAUGAAGUGUUCAUAAAAUGGAAAUUAGAAUCCGUGCACUAACGGCAUUCAGUAUGGAAUCUAUUUAAAGAUGAAAGUGUUUCUACAUACAUUCAUAUAUGACAUUGGUUGAUUGACAUUUAAAAGAAGCCCAGCACCAGUAUUUAAAUAUAAGUAUAUGUAAUUUAUGGUUUCAUUGUUGCUGGUAUUUUUCAUCGUCUUUUGCUACCUAUGCAUUGCCGUUCAUGAAUGCAGAGAAGUAUUG